CUAAACUUGUCUCACGUUGCCGACAAUUUGAAUUCGUUCGAUAUGCAUUCGUAUAUUUUGAGGAACUUGCUUCGUUCGCGAAGGAUAUUACGCGAAUCUUUCGCAAAAAACAAAGAAAUACUAACGUAUUCGCAGUUAAAACAAUCGAGACAAUUCUCGAAUAAUUCCGGAAAAAAAUCCGGUGAGGCAGAAAAGAUUGACGUCCAAAAAGAUGAUGAUCAUAACCUUACAGCUCCCAUUAACGCCAAAUACAAGGUUUUUCAAGAUGAGGAUGCGGAUGUUAUCUUCGAUGUCACCGAGGAACAACACAAGAUAGACCUGGAAUUGUUAACCGCGCAAGAACAGUUUCAUGAUCCCUAUGCUGGCAUAAAUCUCGAGCGCGGUACUACUGGCGUCUAUGAUAUCGAGGAUCUCGUCAUAUUGCUAGAACUAAACAAGGCCAAGAAUAUUUUCGUGGCAUCUGUACCAAAGGAAUAUGCCUAUGUCGACUAUAUCGUCGUUGUAACUGGCUCAUCAAUCAAACAUAUGAGAGCUCUUGUCACGUUUGUGCGCAAAGUUUAUAAACUGAAACGACACAAGACUGAUAAGUUGCCAAAAAUUGAAGGGGAGAUGUCGAAUGAAUGGAUAGCUAUAGAUUUAGGGAACAUUGCUUUGCAUGUCUUCUCUACAUCUUCUAGAGAGCAUUACGAUUUGGAAACAUUAUGGACAGUUGGCUCACAGUAUGACGAUAAGACUAAUUUGACCAAAGAAAUGGACAUUAUGGAACAAUUCAACACCUUCUUAGCUGAAUUUGAACCAGUUGAGAAUAAAUAAUACAUAUGUAUACAUAUAUAGUUUAAGAGUAAAUCUAAGUUAAGUUGAGAAUAAAUAAUACAUAUGUAUACAUAUAUAGUUUAAGAGUAAAUCUAAGUUAAGUUGAGAAUAAAUAAUACAUAUGUAUACAUAUAUAGUUUAAGAGUAAAUCUAAGUUAAUGCAGUAUAAUCUGAGCUUAAUGAAAGAAUAUAUGUAUUAAUAAA